AUGUGGUCUCUUCAAAUCCAUUCCUUUCAGCAAUCACACGACGAGCUAUUGAUAACCGAAUCAUAUAUACGCAUUCGUGUAUCGAAAUACACUAUUAACCACAUAUCUUCAUCAAUCAACAUGGACUCUGCCAAGAACACCAAUCCUCCUGUGUCUCCCUCCGGCCGCAGACGCAGCUCUGGCACCCUCUUCCAAGGUCUUAUGGACCAGAAACGUCACGAUGGCACCUCUGCCCGUAGACAAUCGAUGACCGACUCAAAGCCUACUCCUGGUUUCAUAGGUCAAAUGUGGCACAACUGGACUCGGGGUCCUGCUAGUCCUCCGAAAUAGACGAAAUAUGAUGAAUUUUUAUUUGCGAACUGGAGGACUUCAAGGGGUGUUGGCACAAAUCUAAGAAUGAGAUAUAUGGCGUUUGCCUUGAGAAUAUUUUUGUGCAUAGCGUUAUGCUUAUACAAAAUCAAAUUUUACUCAGUGGAGGGUGUUUGUGUCAUAGGUCAAUGUGCUCCCA